GUGGGGCACUAAACUCUCCUGACGGAAUUUAAUGUAAUUAUCGGAUUACUGCGCUGCUGCUCCGACGCUGCAAAUAUUUACUACUAUACCGACGACGGAGGAGUUUUCCUGCUCCGAUGCGCAGGCAGGUCAGGGGGUGAUUUGACUGCCCUCAGGUUUUUAAACCCUCUUGUUUUGACAGCUUCGAUUAGACGCGGAGUUAUUGGACUAUUUUCCAUCGAGCAACCGGAGCGCGCAUUACGCACAGCCAAGACGCACGAGUGGAGAUGACAACUGUAAAGACGAAGCGGAUGCAGUGAUAUCCAGGCAAAAACUUUAGACCAUUCGAGGACCAGCGCCGACCGUUUUGACCAGAAACCCUGCACCUUUUUUCUGUUAUGUCUGUCUCCUCUCUGCCGGAAUGGAAGCAACUCCUGCUGGAGAAAAAGAGGCGAGACGAGGAGGAACGAGAGAGGAGAGAAAAAGAGGAGGAGGAGAAGCUUGCCAGCAUGCCCGCCUGGAAGCGAGGGAUCAUCCAGCGGAGGAAGGCAAAGCAGGACUGUGUGGGUGACAGGGAGAAGGAGAGGGACAUGUGUUUCCUGCAGGUGGAUUUCAGAUCUCCCUCUGAAGGCCUGAGCGACACAGACAGCUCUGUAACGGUCAAUCUGGGAAGUGAACCGUCGCUCAGUCCAGAUCCGGGGCUAUGGUUGGAUGCAGACCCCAGAUCAGUAAGUCAGGUGUCUGUGGAAACUAUAGUGCCGUUCCAUGAAAACCCAUUUAUUCGCACGCAGAGUGCAUGGAGGAAGGGCAAGGAUGCAGAUGUAGGGAACGAGUCCGAGAGGGAGAAAGACAAAUCCAGCCCGAGGGGUCAAGAUGGAGACUCAGGAAGAGGACGAGACAUAGAGCUGAAAAUCGAGAGGUUCAGAGAUUUAAGUGAGGGACGGGAAAAAGAGAGAAGCAGGGACAGGAGUCAGGGAAGAGAAAGAGAUAAUAGCAGGGAGAGAUGGGAGAAAGAUAAAAACCAAUGGAAAGAGUCGGUUAAAGAUGUAACGAGGGAGAGGGAAUUCCUCAAAGUAAGAAAAGACGAGGAGGAGAAAGAAACAGAUUCACCAUCUGGAUCGUUUUCUCCCCAUGUCCCUUGUCUGCGAACCAUCCGAGCCGACAACAUCAUCAUCAUCGAACAGGACAGGAAGGGUAAUGACGAGAGAAGGGGGAGAUGGAGGGAGGGGGAGAGGGAGAGGCCAGAGGAGGAUCACCAGGGGAACAGAGGGAUGAAGAUGAACCUGAGGGAGAUCCUGGCCGGAGGAGGGAGCGUCACCGAGAUCCGAGCCUCUGAGGUUCUGAUCAUAAAGCCCUCGACAACCCCCGAGGAGAGGAGUACAGGAGGAAAAGGGAGAGAGGAUGGAGAGAUGAAGUGCGGCAUGGAUGUAAGGAGGGAGAGCAGGGAGCUCAGGACAGACAUAUCCUGGCUCAGAGAAAAAGAGCCUGGGAAGGAGAAAGAAAGACCCUGGGGCCAGGCGUUAGUUAUCAAGGAUAACAGGACAGGCAGCCUGGAGGAUAAUGUGUUUAUUGAGAGAGGAGGGAGGGUCAGCCAGCUGCUGAGCAAAUUCGGCGAGCUCCCGAAACCGCCAUCUCGAUCCAAAAGCUCUGAUAACUUCCUCCGGCCUGGGAGGAGAAAAUACUCCGAUGAAGAUGUCCAACAAUCUGAGGAGAGGAAGGUGGACGGGAGGAAUAUGCCGCUGAAAGGCAUCCCAAAGCGCUCAUUUAGCUUCUCUGAUCGAGUCAUCUGUGCAAAGGAGAACGGUUUAGAUGACGAAAGGUGUUACGACUGGAAACUGCGUGAGAGGAUACACUCAGACAAGAGCGUGGCAGCGUGGGUGGAUGUUGCAGGUUUAGGGAGGGACGCCACGGCAAAGAUCAAAAUGGGGUGCGCAUGGCUUUUAGACAAGUCGGGAAAACACAAGGAUGGAUGUGUGAAAACAGAUGAAAAGGCAGGAUCAAUGCAGAGGAGGAAUGACGCCGACAUGUGCAUCUCCAUCCAACAGAGGGGUGAAGCUAAGAGAGUCGAGCCCAUUGAUAAGAGGGCGGCAGAGAGGUCCGGUAAUGGAGACGGAGAUGAGGGGUUCACGGUUGCGUCUGUCAAAAACACAGAGGGCAUCUCAUUUGCUAGAAGAGUCCCAAUCAGGCAGGAUGGGAAAGCAAGAGCUGAAAGAGAAGCAAAGCGACUGGCGGAUGAGAAAAGUUUAGAGCGAGAGCUGAGUGUAGAGAACGACCCAGAGGAAAGAGUUGAGGCACAAGUUAGCAACAAAAAGGAUUUUCUACGAGGAGAUGGAUUUGAAAGCGCAAUCCCAGCUGAAGCGACGCAGAGUUACGUCAUGGCCGCAUCAGCAGACACGACGAGUCCAUGCCUCAGUGCGGAGACUCACUACAGACAUGAGUCAGCUUUCACCGAGUGCUCCAGUCUGCUCUGCACAGUCACAGACAGGAACAGAGACCCCCAACGAGGGGCCGAGUGGACUGGACCACGAGGACCCUUCCCUACGCACUCCGUUUUGUCUCAGCACACAGAGGAGCUCAUCAGUAAAAUAGAAAAAAUAGGGGACACAACUGUUUAUGGCAACGAGAGAGGGGAAAGGCCUAACAGAGGUCACGAACUGACCAAGGAGUGCAGGAAGGAUGGACAGCAUUACAGCGAUGUCGGAUCAGAGAGUCUCGUCCAGGACGCAACACCCAGAUCUCCAAAAAGGGUCGCGCCUCCAGGUCCCCUCGAGAUUCAAAUCCCCAGGACUGUGUUUUAUGUCGCAGAAGAAGUGGUGGAGAGAAAAAAGGUGGCCGUCCAAAACGACGAGGGCCGAGACAGGGAAGGAGGACAAGGGGUCGAGAGGAGGGAUAGCUGGAGGAUCGGGAAGCCCCUGAGCCGCAUCGAGUCCCUGCGAGAGAAAAUCAGACAAAAGGAGCUGGAGAGGCUGGAGAGGCUGAGACAGACACGGGAUGGAGAGGGGAGCGCGGCUGCAGAGGACAGUGAUACUCCGACAGCUGGGGACAUGCAUGACGAGAGGGGAACUGAAAUAGAGCAAGAGUGGGAAGCUGCAGCUCAUAUACGGAAGAAGCUGGUCGACGCAGAUACUGCACAGGAAGAAGCAGCAGCGCAGUCAGCCACGGCUGCAUUUGACGUCACGCAGGAAGUGUUGAAAACCUGCCCUCAGCUUCCUGUUUCAGCCCCACACUCACAAGCCGCCGGAGGAGAGGAAGUAUCAAGCGGGUACGCCGCUGCUGCUGCUGAAGUUAUCUCUGACGGCUCUCUGAUAUCUGAGGAUGAAGACGAGCCCCUGAAACAUGAAGAGGAACAGCUGAGGAGCCACGGGGGCCGACGCGAGAGCAGAGAAGAGGAGAGUGAGGAGGAGGAAAAGCUGUCGGACGAGGAGGUAGAGGAAUAUACAUCACCCCUCGAUCCAACACAAGCUCUCUCCCCUUCGCCCCCUCAUCCAAACUCCCUUGCAGCCAUGAGCCGGAUCUACAACUUGGAAACUGUCGGCUCAAGAUCAGGUUUGUGCCUGAGGGACAGGACCUGUCCAUCGGUGCAUCUUGUAAAAGUGACGCCCCACAUAUCAAACUCACAGCAGGGGGACGGCAAAACUUUACCGGGUGGAGACGUCUCUGGGGUUCAGACGAUACAGCGACAGAUAGAGCAGUUUCAGCUGAAAGAGCAGGAAGCGCUGAAGUCAACAAACAAUCCUCUGAGGGACAAAGAGACACAAUGGCAGCAAAGCCCCAGAGGAGGGUUAAAGCAGCAGGUGAAGGACGAAGUCAAAAGCCAGGAGAAGGAUCAGUCAGAAUCAAACUACAAAAUGUCGCCUCUACGUGUUUGUUCUCCGACAGCUCAGCUCAAACAAACCGUCGCUGUUAACCCCUCAUUUUUCCGAAGCCAAUCCCCAGACAAUGCUCUGAAACCCUCUGAUACGGCCCCAACACCAGCCUCCUCCCCGUGUUCCCCGUCUCCCUCCCAGUCUCCCAGCAUGUCUCCAUCACACAGCCCGUCGCCCACGCUCUUCUCCAUCAGGAGUGCCUCUGGGGGCCAAGUGAAGAGAGGCGCCACCGUUACAAUCAAACCAAAGAAGCCUGUCGCUGCUGGAGGAGGAGGCGAAGGGACGGCAUCCGCACCCUCAGCGGGAUCAUCGGCUGGGUCGAGUCCUGCAAAGACUCCAUCGCAGCAGGCCCAGACAAACCCCGCUGUGGCUCAGCCAAUCAAGAAGAAGUACCCGACAGCGGAGGAGAUCAAGGUGAUCGGUGGAUAUCUAAAUCUGGAGAAGUCCUGCCUGGUCAAAAACAGAGGGACCCCGAAAAGGGGGAAAGUGUGCUUCAACGAGGAUCGGCUGGAGCAGGUCUGUGAGUACCCGUCAGAGACCUCCAUGCUGGCGUGUGUCCCGCACCCUCCCGACCUGGGGAGGACGGAGAGGCUGCAGGGGGACGAGGCCCAGGAGGAGGAGGCCGACAUGGACGGAGAAAUGAUCGUGUCCAAGAGCACAAGGAACAUUGGGACUGCGACAGGACGAGGUCUAAGAGUGGAUGAGUCUUGCCCUCGGUCUUCUUCGCCAAAAUUGCCCUUGUGAUGAGAUCACCAACAUUUUAAUGUGAUUGUUAUCAUGUUUGGUUUCAUUUUAAUUAUUGAGUGUUUUGUAAUGUUGUUUUUUUUGUUCAUUGUACCUAGAUAUAGCAUCAAAAUGAAAAACUUUUGAGUAAGAAAUGUACAGUUGAUUUAUCCAGAUGUAAAAAAAAAAAGACAUAUUUGUGUUUACUGGGGAAAAUAUGACCUAGUUUAUUUUCAGGGAAAUGGGGGGGGGACAAAUGUGAAUGUAUAAGAAUGGUACAUAUUGCAAAAAUAUUAUAAAUCCCAUUUGUAAUAUUUAAAAAGACCCUCAGGUGUGCACUGUCGGGCGAUGGUGGGUCGCUUGUCUAUGCAAUAUAUGGAAAUACUGAUUGAAGAUUUUAUUUUUUAGUUAAUGUAUUUGAUAGUUUCUUCUCUGUUCGUUAUUUUCUAAGUUGAAAAUCAGCACUGCCUCCGCACAGAAGAGUGAUGUUCGUGUCAUCUGUUUUCAUGUGCCUGCCGGAUUUGCUCGUACGGAUGAUGUGAAAGAUGAGUUCGUGAAGACGUCUGAAGCCUUUCGGGAAAAAAAACCUCCUCUCAGCGGCGGUCGUGUUGAACGUUGCAGGAAAGGGUGUUGGUGCAAUGUGUGGGGUCUCUGUCUCAUGGGGGGUUUAAUUGAGCCUGACUCUUCAAUAAACAACUCUGGAAACGUAACAGUUAAAGUGUGUGUGGAUUAAAAUAAAGGUGUUAUUUUGUUA